CCUGCGCUGCGCCGAUCCCCAUCCCAUCCGUCCCGCGAGCGAGCGAGCAGGGGCGCCUCGUCCUGCUGCUUCCGCCGCCACCGCCGCCUGCGCCGAUCCCCAUCCAUUCCGCGAGCGAGCGAGUGCUUCCGCCGCAUCCAUCCUGAUCUCUGAGGAUUAUUCCAACUUCUGAGGCAAGAUGUCGUACAUGCGAGGCGACCUGCUCACUAGGACACGGAAGCUGGUGAAGGGCAUGGCCAAACCUGCCCCUGCAUGGCUCAAGGCCAUGGAGCAGGCACCUCCACCCACAUUCCCUCGUACUGAUGGGAAGAUUAAGAAGAUCGAGUUGCCAGAAGAUGUUUAUGUCAAGAGGUUCUUCAAAAAGCAUCCAGAUUCACUCUACCAUGACGCAAUCAAGAUAAGCGGGUUUGAUCCACCGCCAGCACGAGUUUUUGCUUGGCGUGUCUUAGAAUUGAAAAAGGACGGAGUCAAUGAAGAUGAUGCAAUGGCUGUAGCAGAUAUGGAGUAUGCAGCAGAGAAGAAAGCCAAGAAGAAAGCAUACAAGGAGCUGAAAGAAAUCGCGCGCAUCGAAGGAAAAAGGCCACCCCCGAAUCCAUACCCAAGCGCCAUCAAAGAAAUACAGGCAGAGGAAAAGAAGUAUGUGAGAGAGCGUUUCCAUAACCCCAAGAUACUUGAGAUUGUUAAGAAGAUGAAAGAGGAUAAGGAGUUAUUUUUUAAAGAUAGAGAAGCAUCCAGGGCUGGGCAGUAGCUGGUAUAUUGCCAUACUGUUGGUCAACUAGGUAUUGUUGCUUAUGAUAUUAACAAGCUGCUGUUUGAAUCUGACUAUUGUUUAACUUUCUCAUGAAGAAAUAAUAGUUGCACAAAUCGCGUUUGGUAGGUAGCAAACAGAAAAAUCAUACCAGUUUUGAUAUAUGUUUGCUAUGUGGAUGCAAAGGCGACUUCAUUACUUUAUGGGACUUUGGCAUGAUUUCAGUUUCA